GAGGGCGGGGCCUUCGCGGCUUAAAAACCGCCUGCGGAGACGGGAGCGCAAAAGGUGAGCGGCUGCGCCGGGCCUGGCUGUGGGCUCUGCCUCCCGGGAUCCCGCCAUGGGCUGGUUCUUCGCGGCAGUCCUCCUCGGCGUUCUGCUGCUGGGGCUGCUGCUGACACACCGGCUCCGCAGGUCACGGCGACCAGAUGAACCUCCGCUGGAUAAAGGUCUCAUUCCUUGGCUUGGCCAUGCUCUGGAAUUUGGCCAGGAUGCUGCCUCCUUCCUGUCUGACAUGCAAAAGAAACAUGGUGAUAUUUUCACAAUUCAAGCUGCAGGGAAAUUUGUCACUGUCUUACUGGAUCCACGUUCCUAUGAUGCGGUGCUUUGGGAAUCCUCCUCCAAAUUGGACUUUGGCCAAUAUGCACGGAUUUUAAUGGACCGAAUGUUUGAUGUCCAGCUCCCAGAUUAUGACCCCAAGAAGGAGAAAGCCAUGCUGAAAACGACUCUGCAGAACAAAAAUCUCACCACACUCACACAGGCAGUGUCCUUCAACCUAAGAACCAUUCUGCUAGACUCAAGUAAAGUCCAUGGGCAAUGGGAAGAGGAGGGCCUGUUUCACCUCUCCUACAGUACAAUGCUCAGAGCUGGAUACCUGACCCUGUAUGGCAAUGAAAGCAAGAAUUAUGAAGAUGUCUCUAGUCAAGCGAAAGACCGAGCUCACUCUCUGGAAGUAUAUCAAAGGUUUUAUGAACUGGACCGACUGUUGAUGAAAGCUGCCCGCUCCAAUUUGACCACAGCGGAAAGGAAAAAAAUUACCAUCUGCAAACAAGAUCUCUGGAAGAUACUUUCUGUGGAAAAGCUGAACAGCAGGGCAAAUCGGAGUGUUUGGCUGGACAGCUAUAAACAGCACUUGGUGGACCUGGGACUGGAUGAAGACAUGCAAACUAAAGCAAUGGUGUUGCAGCUCUGGAGUACCCAGAAUAAUGCCGGCCCUGCAGUUUUUUGGCUUCUCCUGUUUCUUUUAAAAUACCCUUCAGCCAUGGCAGCAGUUCAAGGUGAAAUGGAAAAGAUUUUGAAAAGCAAAAAUCGAGCAACUGGGAAAGUGGAUUGGAUCAGCCAAGAGAUUUUGGACGGCAUGCACAUUUUUGACAGUGCCUUGAAGGAAACCCUGCGUAUGACAGCAGCUCCUUUUAUCAGCAGAGAAGUCCUUCAAGACAUGUCCCUGAAACUAGCUGAUGGCAGAGAGUACCACCUGAGAAAGGGAGACAGGCUUUGCCUCUUUCCAUUCAUAAGCCCUCAGAUGGACCCUGAAAUCUACGAGGAGCCAGAGGUAUUCAAAUAUGAUCGAUUCCUCAAUUCAGAUGGCACAGAAAAAACAGACUUCUAUAAAGGAGGCCAAAAGCUCAAGUAUUACACCAUGCCAUGGGGAGGAGGGCUGAAUGUCUGUAUUGGAAAGGACUUUGCCAUCAACAGCAUCAAACUGUGUGUUUUUCUCCUGCUAAGCUCUCUUGAUUUGGAGCUGAAAGAUCCCAAAGCAGAGAUCCCAGGCUUUGACAAAGAAAGAUACGGUUUUGGAAUGCUACAGCCAGACAAGGAGGUCAUAGUGCGAUAUAAACGGAAAGACCAGUAAAAUGGUGCCUUCCUUCUCCUGACCAGGUUAUUCUGGCUACUGCUUUGCAAUUUGCAAGAAAAAAGUACUUCAUUUGUUUCAGCAGAAAUGUAUUUGGACAUGAUAUUGCUAAGGAUUGGUUUAUGCUAUUGCCCCAAGGAGAUCAUUUUAAAUUUGAUCUCUGCAGCCUCACUGAAUGGGUUUGGCAUUAACACCACACUAGCGCAAGCCAGUAACCCGGUUUGCGCAGUAUGAUGGCAAUUCCUAGGUUGUUUGAGUCUGGAUAAAUAAUAACUAGCUCAUAAUUCAUUUGUGAGUCUGGAAAAAUAACAAACUAGCUUAUAAUUACUUUGUGAGUCUGGAAAAAUAUGAACAGAUUGAUAAUGCAUUUGUGAGCAUAAAAGAAUCAAGGCCUGGGCUUUUUGUUAGUCCAGAAAAUCAUAAACUGCUUACAGUGCAUUUGCACACUGUAAGUCCUCCUUAACAGAUUUUUCCUGUGAAGAAAGAAGAUGGAAGGAGCAUUGCAAAAACACAGGAAGGCUACAUGUGGAAGAUCCCUGUGAAGAGGCAGGCACAGUCAAAGGAAAACAACACUGCCAUUAACAAUUCUAAAGCUGCUACAGCUGUUCCAGAAACACCUGUCCAGAGGUGCCCGUAGCUGUCUCUUUGUUACAAUCUUGGGAAACCAAAAUCCCCAAGUGUGCCUUAUUCACAUACAACAAGUUCAGCCAUUUAGGUUGGCCACUCCAUCUUGUGACCCCAGUUCCCAGUCCAGGCUUGCCAGUCCUAGCCCUGAUUUAUUUGCAGGUAAGAUGAAGGUGAUCCCCUUGCCACAAAGGUCAGUACAUAGCCUUCUGGUCACUCAGACUGGAGAAAGGAAGCCAUUUCAGGGCUUUAUCAGCUCCAAGUAACACCUGUAGAUACGGCUGGAGAUUUUUAUUCCAUAAGGACAAAGGAGAAAAUCAAUACUGGAGCCCACCAAAUGUUUCCAAGCUCCAGCUUCCAAGCUCCCUUCCCAGUUGCCAUUUGUUUUUCUUUUCAUUUGACUGAGAAAGUUUGCAUUUCUUUAAAACUGCUGUUAUUGUUGUUUAAAAAUACUUCUAAAAGGACAAUUUUUUUGUAAAGCAUGCAUUUCCAAACAUGACUACAGGUUCAGGAAUGUGUGAGCUUUUCCCCAAACCUGCUUCUAUUCAUGUUCACAGUCAGGGAAAAUUUCAGGGAAAAUAUAUCAAAAACAAAUUCUUAUAUAUUUCUCUCUAACACCAUUGCCAACUAACAGAGCACAAACCGUUAAGAAUAAUUUCUAAGUAGAGAUUGGUACCUAUAGACAAGAAGAAGGGAAGGGAAGGCCAGGCCAGUAACUGAUGAUUUUGGUAAUUAACACAACAGUCCAAACUAUCCUAACCAUUUCAAUCUGACUAAAAUAUUUGUGUAACUGGGCUACUGUAGAUUUUAAAACUGAAGUUAAUUAUAAGCUAGAGUGUGCAAAUUCUGGCCCUCCAGAUGUUUUGGCCUGCAUCUUCCAUCAACCCUCCCUACCACAGCCAGUUGUGAAGGCUGAUAGGAGCUGCCAUCCACAAGUCUCCCCUGAAAAUUAGAAUUGCUUGCACAAUCACAGUGGACAGUAGUCUCCUGUGAAGUGCAAACUGGCUUUUGUGCACCUGAGAUUUGUUAUGAUUGGAGAGUCAAAAUUUAUUUUUAGUUAUCUGGGAUAUGUCUGUCUGUCUGUCUGUCUGUCUCUCUCUCUCUCUCUCUAUAUAUAUAUAUAUAUAUAGAGAGAGAGAGAGAGAGAGAGAAUGAGAGAAAGCAUGCAGAAGUACACAAAGUCUUUAACACAAAGAAAAUGUACCUUUAAUGCAAAAGAUGGUGUGCAUUUCAUAAUUAAAGAAAAGCUAAAAAAACCCCUACAGAACUGGAAAGACAAUGUGGUAUAUUGGUUAGAGCAGAAAUGGAGCAGCCUACCAGGACAGGAGCGGCAGUGCUGCCUCAGCCCCUUUCAGCUUGCUUUUAGACAGGUUGCUCCUGUGAAUACUUACGGAGUGCCAUCUUUAAUCGUUGUUAUGCUGCUAUGGCUUUUUUAGUCCCAUUUUGAGGGUUUCUGUGGUUUGAUUGAGUUUUUGUUCCUUUUAUUAUUGUGCAUUUUUAUCCUGAUCAUCCCAAAUGUUUUUUAGAAUGGUCAGAUACAAAUUUAAAAAUAAACAGCAAGGAAUUCAGCA